AUGCAUGGUGUCAGAGUCUGCAGUCGACCAGCCGCUCCGACAACGUCGACGCAUCCCUGCCUGUCUACGUUGCAGGCAGCGCAAGACGAAAUGCGACAACAAGCUACCCGUAUGCUCCAAUUACGAGCCGACCAGUUCCAGUCUCGAGUCGCUUAUUUGGAAGAUCUAUUAAGAACGCAUGCUCCACAUGUGGAUACGGAAGCCCAUAGAGAGAGGUCACAGACUGCUGAACCCGUUCACCAACCUUCGGGCGCCUCUCUGAGAGACGAUACUCGCACGCUUCAAGCCCAAGAACGUGGCCUCGACGCAGAACCGUCUAGACGUGAAAGCCUGGGUCACCCCAAUACACAGCAGGCACAUUUAGGUGAAUGGUCUAUACCACCUGUUACAUCUCAGUCGAACAGUGAUACUGUGCCUAGCGUGAUAACCGACCACAAUCACACCACUAGCCAGUCGGGAACAGUCUUGGAGACAGAUGCACCGACCGGAUCUGCGACCGGCAGCCGUAUAGGACCAGAACAGCCUUUGGCACAUGAUGUCGGUCUGCUCUCACUUGGCAAUGCCAGUAGUGACCCGAAAUAUCUUGGCCCUUCGUCCGGUGUCAGUUUCGCCAGGCUCAUCUAUGCAGCAGCUCCGCAAACCCAGGGCUUACCGGCCGCAACUCCGCCUUCUUCCUUGCAGGGACAAGGUGGCGCGAAUGGCCCUGUUGCUUGCAUACCGCUUCCUAAAGCAGCGCAAAUGUACCGUUUUGCCGAAUCCUAUUUCGAUACCUUCGAUCACCUCUACCCGUUUCUCAAAGAAAACUGCGUCCAUGAAAUGAUCGAGCGGAAGUGUAAUCAACCACCAGCUCAACAAUAUCGGGGUGAUUUAGAUCUCGCAAUUCUCUUCUUGGUUGCUGCCUUGGGAGCGCGCAACCUUGAGCAUGGGCUUGACACCGAUCUGCGAAGCGGUGGUCAUCUGGCUUCUGCUAUGGCUGAAAUUAGCCAGGUCCAGCUUCAUGACAGUAUGCAAGGAGUUCAAAUUAUGCUCUUGCUUGUACUUGCUAGUCUAUGGUUCCCUAAAGGGCUGAAUGCUUGGUAUUUGGAAGCAACUAUCAUCGCAAGCUGUUUAGACCUGGGAUUACAGCGAAGGCGCGCCGUAGAUACCCAAAGCACAGCAAGAGGACCCCAAGUCACCACAGAAGAGGAUGACAUAAGAAGCAGCAUCUUCUGGUCUGCGUACUCUCUCGAACGAACUCUCUCCACCACUCUUGGAAGGCCGCUCACGCUUCGCGACGAAGCUAUCGAUGUGGAGUUUCCGGGGGAGACAGGCACGCAAUACUCAAGUUACCCAGCGACAGUCAUUCCAUCCCCGUUGAACGAUCUUGAUUUCUUCAAUAUUCAAUCUCACACAUCUGUCCGACUGCCAAGCGACUCUACCACAGCUCCUCCGCCAGCGAAGAAGGCCCGAUUGGAUCAUACACCCGGCCCAGACUACGCAGCAUCAAGAUUCUCUUUUAGGUUUGACCGUAUCACAGCAGAGAUCAAGCUGAUGCUGUAUCGGGUCGUGCAACUCCCUACGAGAUUUCCAUGGCCCACGGACCUCGGCAACUGGCAAGCUGAGGCCCAUGAGGCAUGCAACAAUCUGUUGGAUACUGCUAGACAUAUCUUAUCGUCUCGAAGAAUGUCAUCUGGACGGGCUCGGCGUGCUUUGCCCGCCAUCGAACUCAAGUAUCAUCAGUGCAUCCUUCUUUUAUUCCGACCAAGCCCCGCUUUCCGGAGUCCGACUGCCGAUGCUUUAGUUAUUUGCUAUAUGUCGGCGCUUGAAGUCAUUAAGAUUCAUGCGGAGCAGCUGCGACUCGGGGAGCUACCAGACACCUGGCUUACAGCUCACACAGUCUUCAUCAGCGGAAUAACGGUCAUCUACACUGCUUGGGUACUGCCAAGGAUCAACAACCGAGCAGCGAUUCCCAGUGUUAGUAAUUAUAGUACACUGAAUGUGUCCAUCACAAAUAACAUAGAGUGUGGGAUCAGAGAUUGCUCUGAUUUACUCGCGCAUCUCGGUCGGACAUGGUCUGUCGCGAUGGAUGCAAAGGAGAAAUUUGAUAGAAUGAGCGCCUCAACACUUGAGCGCAUGCGCAAUGGGAGUUUGCCUUUUGCCUCGGCAGCAGACACAGUUCCGAGACAAGGUGGUAUACAUGGAACAGAACAAGCAGCCGAGGCAUCGGCAGCAGCUGGAUCAGCUAGCAACACUUAUGGCUUCUCGCGUGUGGAGGAUAUCAAUGCAACCUGGCUACGCAGUGGAGACGGGUUUACAUUUGGCGACCUGCUCGAACCACCCGACUUUCUGGAACAGCUCGGAGACUUCUCGAAUUCUUACGACUUUGGCUGGAUGGCAGAUUCCACUGCCUGA